AUGUCACUAAACUUGCCCCGAACUCUCCGAAACUUGUUGCGGCUCCGCGCGCCCGUCUCCUGCUCCCCUGGCCACUCGCCGCCUCCCGCUCCCCCACUCCCUGUUCCCGACUCCCCGUGGACCUGCUUUUCCCCAGAGCUCCGGGGCCGCCGGAUGCUGAGGGCUCCGGGCGGAGGCUCGAGGCAGGGCGCUGCCCUCCCCACGGCGCGGACCAUGCUAGCCUUGGCGCUGCUUGCCUUCGGAGCGCUGCGAGCCGGAUCUGGAAGCUACCUGGCUGUGAUCGUCCCCCAGGACCCGACGCUGCUCAUCGGCUCCUCCCUCCACGCUACCUGUUCAGUGAGCGUGAGCGGCAGUGAUGCACCCACGGCUGAAGGGCUCUACUGGACCCUCAACGGCCGGCGGUUGGCCCCCGAGCUGUCCCAAGUCCUCAACGCCACCACCCUGGGUCUGGCACUGGCCAACCUCAACGGCUCCAAGCAGCAGUCAGGGGACAACCUAGUGUGCCACGCCCGGGAUGGGAGCAUCCUCGCUGGGUCCUGCCUCUAUGUUGGCUUGCCCCCUGAGAAGCCUGUUAAUAUCAGCUGUUGGUCUAAGAACAUGAAGGAUCUGACCUGCCGCUGGUUCCCAGGCACCCAGGGGGAAACCUUUCUCCAUACCAACUAUACCCUUAAAUACAAGCUUCGGUGGUACGGGCAAGAUAACACAUGCCAAGAAUACCACACCGUGGGGCCCUAUUCCUGCCACAUUCCCAAGGACCUGGCACUAUUCACGCCCUAUGAGAUCUGGGUGGAAGCCACCAACCGCCUGGGCUCGGCCAGGUCGGAGGUGGUCACAUUGGACAUCCUCGAUGUGGUAACAACAGACCCCCCACCAGAUGUCCAUGUGAGCCGAGUGGGGGGUUUGGAGGACCAACUGAGUGUCCACUGGAACUCCCCACCAGCACUCAAAGACUUCCUUUUCCAAGCUAAGUAUCAGAUCCGCUACCGGGUAGAGGACAGCGUGGAAUGGAAGGUGGUGGAUGAUGUGAGCAAUCAGACCUCAUGCCGCCUGGCUGGCCUCAAGCCGGGCACAGUCUAUUUCGUGCAGGUGCGCUGUAAUCCCUUCGGCAUCUACGGGUCUAAGAAGGCAGGAAUAUGGAGCGAGUGGAGCCACCCCACGGCAGCCUCCACCCCCAGAAGUGAGCGGCAGGGCUCCAGUGGGGCCUGCGAGCCUCGGGGAGGGGAGCCCAGCUCCAUGCCAGUGAGGCGGGAGCUGAAGCAGUUCCUCGGCUGGCUGAAGAAACAUUCCUACUGCCCCAACCUUAGUUUCCGCCUCUAUGACCAGUGGCGAGCCUGGAUGCAGAAAUCCCACAAGACUCGCAACCAGCACAGGACGAGGGGCUCCUGUCCUCGGGCAGACGGAGCACAGCAAGAGGUCCUACCCGGAGAUAAACUGUAG